UUUCUUCGUAUCACUUCGCAUCAUUUUUGGGAACCAGAGUUUGGGAACGGUAUCGCUAAAGUUAGCAGGUAACUUAUAUCUAAAUUUCUAGCGUGACAUGACCCAACCUACCGCUUUUUCCAACGUGCUCGUCGUUGGAGGAACGCACGGGAAUGAACUUACUGGGGUUUACCUUGUCAAACACUGGCAAAAGCAGCCGAAACUGGUAGAGCGCAGUUCCUUCAAAACACAUCUAUGCUUGGGCAAUACAAAGGCUGUGGAGAAAUGCGUACGUUAUAUUGAUAAAGACCUGAACCGUGAGCGGUUUGACCGAUUCGAAAAGGAUACAAAAGAAUGUACCCAUUACGAGACAAAAAGAAAGCAGGAGCUGAUCUCAUGGAUGGCGCUAGAGCAGAUUGACUUCGUGAUUGAUCUCCACAACACGACGUCCAACAUGGGAGUAACUUUGAUCCUGCGCUCCAUAGAAAGUAUUUUAUUACUGCACUUGGUAGGUGAAGUACAGGAAAAAAUGCCAUUCCCAGUUCAUAUUUUAGUUUUGCCAGAUCGUCCAAAAAAAAGUUUUUCUGGGGACAGCGCUACCGGGGGAUGGAGUUUAUAUACUGAGUUUAGUAUUGGUAUUGAGGUGGGACCCAUAUCCCAUGGUACCCUAAAAGGGGAGACAAUACAAAAGCAAGAAAAAGUCCUACAGGCAUUCCUUGACAGCGUCGAGAAGCACAAUGCUACAAAGACUUACCCAAAGAGAAGUAUACAGGUCUUCAAAUGGGUAGAAGCAGUCCAUUACCCACUUGACGAGUUAGAGGAAGUUACAGCCUUUGUCCAUCCUGCUUUAGACUCUCAGGACUGGGAGCCUCUUCGCCCUGGCAGCCCAAUGCUCAUGACAUUUGAGGGGGACACUGUUUACUACCAAGGCAAAGAAAUUGUAUAUCCAGUCUUUAUCAAUGAGGCAGCAUAUUUUGAUGUUAAGAAAAAUAUUGCCUUUGCCAUGACUAGGAAAAUGUCGAUUGACUUACCAGAACUUGACAAGACUACCUAAAUAUGGUGGCGAAACUAUGACAUGGAAUUACAUACACCCAUUUUAAUUAUAUACACCUAUUGCAAUAAAAAAUCGAUAUAUCCUAACCAACAGUGCUUCAUGGAUAGCAUGUAAAAGGCUGAAUCCUUGUAUCUGAAAGCCAUGCUAAUGUUCACAGGAACAUGAGUAAGAAUACUAUAGCUCUUAAAGGCUGGAUUUGUUUUAAUUCAUGCUUAUUUGUUUGUUUACUUGAUAAGCAUUUCGGGUUAUAAUACAUGGAUUCCCAGAGUGCAACCUUCUUUGAAAUAUGUGUAUCAUUCACUUUUUUUGUAAGAAUAUCUAAUUUUCAGUUGAGGCUGGGGAGUUCUUAUUUUCGGAGUAUUUCAAAGGCUGAAGAUGUUUUAAACUAUGUUAUUAAAAUUUAGUGUAUAUAAAAAUAUAAUUACAAUAAAUCAUUGGGAUGAGAAAUAUACAACCAAUCAAUAGCAAUAUAACAUUUAAGGUUAUUAACAUAAUUUGAUUCUGCAUUUUAGAAUGCAUCAGACUGAGAGCAAUAUUUGGCUGCAUAGAAAUUGAUUGUACUUUUAGGUUUCAGAACAGGCUGUUUCUUUACUCAAACCUUGAAAUUACAUAAAUAAACCAACUAGAUCCUCUGCAUAAAUCCCUUUUUACAAAGAAUUGGCUUAUUUAUAUUUAUUACACUUGGGCGUAUUAACCUGGAGAGUUUUGUUGUUUUGUAACACUUGUUUUAUUCCGUCAAACUUUCUCAGAACAAGCCCUUUAAAACAGCUUCACAUACAUAGGAAGAUCCCAUGAAAAAAAAAAGAUCAUUCAAGAUAGGAAGCUACUUCGUGUGCCUUGCCCCAUGAAAGGAAAAAAAAGUGUUGUUCAAGAAACAAAGAUAUUUCAAAAUUCUUUAUAAAAACCAGAACAGGACCCAACAUUAAUUCUCUUUCAAAAGCUUGUGCAGGUUGAUGUCAUACCGCUCAAAAACGUUUGCCCGACAGACGUAAUGCUUAUAAUAAUAAAGGUACCGUGGUUUCAACCCCUUA